ACCUCAUCCACGACAUUGCUCAUCAACUAACCCGACAGCGACCAACCAUUCAUCGACAAUGGUCAACCUUCGCACCCAGAAGCGCCUCGCAGCGUCUGUCGUCGGAUGCGGCAAGCGCAAGAUUUGGCUUGACCCUAACGAGGUCAACGAAAUCUCGAACGCCAACUCCCGCCAGACGAUCCGCAAGUUGGUCUCCGAUGGCCUCAUCAUCCGCAAGCCCGUCACGAUGCACUCGCGCACCCGCGCCCGUGAGUUGACCGCUGCACGAAGAAUCGGUAGACACCGUGGCUUCGGUAAGAGGAAGGGAACACAAGAGGCUAGAAUGCCUAGCGAGAUCUUAUGGAUGCGCCGUCAGCGCGUACUCCGCCGCCUGCUGGUCAAGUACCGUGCAGCCGGCAAGAUCGACAAGCACCUCUACCACGAGCUGUACCAGCUCGCUAAGGGUAACACUUUCAAGCACAAGCGUGCCCUUGUAGAACACAUCCACAAGGCCAAGGCCGAGAAGCUUCGUGAGCGCCAACUCGCCGACGAGAUGGACGCCAAGCGUGCAAAGAACAAGGCUGCCCGCGAGAGGAAGUUGGAGCGUGCGAAUGCCAAGAGGCUGCAAUACGACGAGGAGGAAGAAGAGGAGAAGAAGGCUUGAACUGUGGAAUCCUGACUAUUGAUGCAAAUUACCAACGCACGGAACGGCGUAGCACGCAUUUAACGCGGAUAGUUCGGACAACCCUGCUCUAUGGUGCUAUACACUACCUCAUGAAGAGGUUGUGCACCGAAUUGCGAACUUCGAACUACUUAUGUACAUUUGGAGCAUA